AUGGACUUGUUUCUUCAAAACUUUAAAAAGAAUUUUAUCUUCAACAGUGAAAUUCCCAAGGAUCCCUUGAAGGCCAUUCUGUUGGACUUGGAAUGUUACUUUACGUGGAAUUUACUUAAGAUUCUGUUUGAUGUGGAUGAUACAGUUGAGCAGCAGCUUGAAUUCGUCACCAGAGAAUCCAGACUUAUUCUUUAUAACCUACUGGCCUACGUGAAACACCUAAAAGGCCAAAAUGAAGAUGCCCUAGAAUGCUUGGAACAAGCAGAAGACAUAAUGCAGCGAGAGCACUCGGACAGAGAAGUGCGACGUCUGGUCACUUGGGGAAACUAUGCCUGGGUGUAUUAUCACAUGGAUCAGCUUAAGGAAGCUCGGAAGCAUUUAGACAAGCUAGGGACUGUCUGUAGCAAACUGUCCAGUCCUUCUGACUACAAGUUGGAAAUACCUGAGACUGACUGUGAGAAAGGGUGGGCACUCUUGAAAUUUGGAGGAAAGUAUUACCACAGGGCAAAAGCGGCUUUUGAGAAGGCUCUGGAAGCAGAACCUGACAAUCCAGAAUUUAACAUCGGCUAUGCCAUCACAGCGUACCGGCUGGACGAUACUGACCGACACGGGUGUAUAAAGAGCUUUUCUCUGGGCCCACUGAGGAAGGCUGUCACCCUGAAUCCAGGUAAUGCCUACAUUAAGGUUUUACUGGCGCUGAAGCUUCAAGAUGUACAAGCAGAAGAUGAAGGGGAAAAGUAUAUUGAAGAAAUUCUGGACCAGGUAUUUUCCCAACCUCAUGUCCUUCGUUACACAGCCAAAUUCUACAGGAGAAAAAAUUCCUGGGACAAAGCUCUUGAAGUUUUGAAAAAGGCCUUGAAGGUGACACCAAUGUCUUUGUUCCUGCAUCUCCAGAUGGGACUUUGCUAUAGGGUGCAAAUGACUGAAAUCAAGAAGGCUACAGACAACAGACCUACAGGGGAGGAUAAACUGAGAAUGGACAGGCUUAUUUCAACGGCUAUAUCUCAUUUCAAAGUAGCUGUGCAAUGAGACUCCAAGUUCCCAUUUGUCUACACGGACCUGGCCAGCAUGUAUGUCAAGGCAGGCCAGUGUAGCAAAGCUGAAGAGGUAUUCCAGAAACCCCUUCAUCAGAAUAGAACCAAUGAUCACAAACAUCAGAUCCACUAUUACUAUGGCCGCUUUCAGGAAUUUCACUAUAAAUCAGAAAGUACUGCCAUGUGCCAUUAUUUAGAGGCCUUGAAGAUCAGUGACUAGGAGGCUCCUGGGUGGCUCAGUGGGUUAAAGCUUCUGCCUUCGGCUUGGGUCAUGA